AUGGCUACUGCGAAGUUUUCCAGUUCUUUCUUUCGUGAAGCUAAAGCUGAAAUUGAAUCGCUAGAUCUUCACCAUGAGAUUGUCGAUGGAUUGGUGAGGGUGCUACGACUGGAGAAAGAGCACUUCGAUCAUCAGACGAGCUACUCAGAUGGUGAAAUCUACCUCAAGAUUGUGGAAGCCAUCACCUUCGGAUUGGACAAGAAUGUUCAACUUUGGAAAGCACGCCUGUCCUCUGGCAAAGUAACUAGCCUUGAGAGUCUUCUACGCCAUGAAGAAAUAUCAGGCGCUUUUAACGAGCUUCGUGAUUUCCCAGGCUUGUGGAAAGGGCUUGAGUUGGGGAACAUUGAGAAGCUCCUUGCUCUUCGCAUGGACGAGGCAAUGGACGAGAAGCUGCCGCAGGCGUUCGAUCUCUGCCUUGAGAAGUAA